AGGUUGUGAUAAUAAUCUUAAGCCCAGGAUCAAUACUUUAAAGUUUUGUAAAUACAUUAGUCCUUCAUCGUAAUUUCACCUGGGGCAAAGAAAAUUACACUAAUAUAUAAAAAGGGGCAAAAUGAAAUGGAAUUGGUAGCGGCAGAUCAGUGUGGGCGAAAUCGGAGAAGAUGAUCGUCUGCGUCGCCGUCGUAGGCCACCAGAACAAUCCUUUGUACAUACAGAGCUUUACCGAAGCGGACGAUGCCCUCAAGCUUCAUCACAUAGUUCAUUGCUCUCUUGAUGUCGUCGAUGAGAGAGUGAACAAUCCAAAAAAAUCUGGCCCAACUCUGAAUGAGACUUUUCUUGGGAUGCUAUAUCCCACUGAGAACUAUAAAGUCUAUGGUUAUUUGACCAACACUAAGGUGAAAUUUAUUCUGGUGACAACGGAUCUGGACGUCCGAGAUGCAGACGUGAGAAAUUUUUUCAGAAGAUUCCAUGCCGCGUAUGUUGAUGCAGUAUCGAACCCAUUUCAUGUUCCUGGAAAGAAAAUUACUUCUACGAUUUUUGCGGAAAGAGUGAGCAAUAUUGUCAAGUCUUUUGGAUUGAGUUCAACUGGAUGAUGGUACUUGCAAAUUGAUGGUUUGCCCCAGGGUAGAUUGUGGUCAUCAGCUAAUUUGUUGUGUUUCGGCUGCCUUUGUGCACAACUACGAGGCCAGCAAAUUUGCUAGUGUAGAAUAUAAGUAGGACGAUUUAUCAAGAAUUUAAAAGCUACAAUGUUAUCCUUCCUUUUCCUCUUCUAGGUUGCUAAACUAAACUGUUCGUCUGAUUUCCGGCUUGCUUCAUGUAGUAGUAAAAAUCACAGUUUUUCUGUUACAAGGAAGAAAUCCUGAUUAAUGUUUUGCAUUUGGUCAUGGAGAGGAAUGCCCCUUUUUGUAGUUAGUAACCAAACUGUGUCGACUGCAAUGGGUGAACAAUUUUUUUUUUUUUCCUUUCUGGUGUUAGCAUUUUGUGUUGCUAAUAUGUAAUUUUCUUUUGUUUUUACGUCCAAUCAGUAUAC